CACAAAAUUACAUAUUAGUCGGCAGCUACUCGUCAAGAAUCUUCUUCCUAAGCUAAAGUAACAAAAAACAAUAGAAUUUGCAUUGAAAACAACGAGCAAAGAGAGAACCUAAUUCCCUUCUCUUUUUAUUUUUCUUUCAUAGAUUCUAUCUUUUUUAUUCCACCUUUUCUCACCACUAUCACUCACUUUAAAAUUCAAACACAAAUCUACUUGUUUGUUUUAAUUACAUUUGAUCAUUUUAUUGUUCAUGUAAGGUUGGUUGAUCAGGUCAACAUCCACUUAUGACUUGAUGCAAAGAAAAUUAAGACAAGUAUACAAGAUUAGCUAGAAGAAGUUUUGGAGUCAAACAUCGACGUAAGAGGCAAAUUUGUAGACAAAAUGAGUGAUUAUGACCAACAAAAGAUUCCAAAUGAAAGUGUUGGUUAUCCUCAAAAACCUUCUCCUAUAGCAAUAUCCUCUAAUGAUCCAAGUAGAAGAAGUCCAGCCAAAACUUUGUGCGCUUUGUUGUUCAUUUUAGUCAUCUUGGCUGGCCUUGUUGUGCUCAUAUUAUGGCUAGUUUAUAGACCCCACAAACCAAAUUUCAGUCUAGUUGAUGCUGCCAUAUAUGAUUUAAAUGUAACAUCCCCUCCUUAUAUGUCAACCAGCAUGCAAUUCACAGUGUUGGCAAGAAAUCCUAAUAGGAGAGUUCGAUUGGAUUAUGACCAAUUUUCAGCUAUUGUUUACUACAAGGGUCAAGCAAUUACACCUCCAGCUCUGCUUCCACCUUUAUUUCAGAAAACAAAAAGCACGGUGAUAUUAUCGCCGUUGAUAAGAGGUGCAUCGGUACCUGUGUCGGUGGAAGUAGCAAAUGGAUUACUGAUAGAUGAAGUUUAUGGAGUUGUGGGAUUGAGACUAGUUCUAAUGGGGAAAAUGAGAUAUAAAGCUGGAAUUAUAAAGACUAAACACUAUCAAGUUUAUGUCAAAUGUGACAUGUUGGUUGGCUACAAAAAGGGAUUUAUGGGUCAAGUUCCUUUGCUUGGUUCUUCAGAUUGUCAACUUCAUUGAUGAACUUUUGUUAAAAGUCUACUAUGAACUUGGAGAUUUGUUUCUUCUUAUAUCAAACAUGUAAUCAUAUACUUGUAUGUUCUCAUUCCACCUCACCUUUAUUUUGUAAACAAAAUUUCAAUUAAUGCAUCUUCUUCUCCUUUUACAAAUUUAAA